AUGAGCUGGGGGACAAUCUUCGGCACCGGCGGGACACAGCCGGCCGUUCCACUCCAUUCACCACACGGGGAUAGUCCGGGAGGCGCCGUCUCUGAAGACGGAGCGGGCGAACGGCAUUGCCACUUCCAUGCCGGAGUAGAGCACUGCGUCGGGGGCGAGGUCAACAACAAGACGGCUUCGCGUUGUGAGCGCAUCGACCGAGACUACAACAUCCCGCUCCGGGUUGGAGCAUUGUUUGUGGUGCUGAUUGCCAGUUCUAUCGGCGUGUAUGGGCCGAUUCUCGUAGCGGCCAUCCUCCCCCCCAAGACGAGCGUCAUCUCGGCGGUACUGAAACAGUUUGGGACCGGCGUCGUCAUUUCGACUGCGUUUGUCCAUCUGUUCACGCACGGAAUCCUGAUGUUCCAGAACGAGUGCCUAGGAAAGCUUUCGUACGAGGCAACACCCGCCGUGAUUCUCAUGGCUGGCGUUUUUGUGUCCUUUUUGGCGGAUUAUUCUGUGCAGCAAAUACUCCUGUGGCGGUCGACGAAAAAAGGGGACACGACGGAUGAGAACGGCGGAAACUCUACCAUUUCCGCAGAACUGGUCAAUGUGGCCAUACUCGAAGCUGGCAUCAUGUUCCAUUCUCUGCUCAUCGGCCUUACCCUGGUAGUCACCGCGGACGGCUUCUUCGCAACACUGGCACUUGUAAUCGUCUUCCAUCAGGCUUUCGAGGGAAUAGCCCUCGGAACUAGAAUUGCCGCUCUAGGAUCCCCUGGUCGGAGCGUGGCUUCGUUUGGGCACAGCCAUCAUCACCACCACUCUUUCGAACCCGAAGGCAACGGGGCGACAUUGGCUGAAGAUACAGCUUCUUCAAAGAUUUCAAUAGCCCGUAAGCUUCUCCUCGCCAGCGGCUUCGCCUUCGUCACGCCCGUGGGAAUGGCAAUCGGCAUCUGCCUUUUGAAGGUUUUUAACGGGAACGACCCCUCCACCAUCGUCGCCAUUGGGGCCAUUGAUGCCUUCUCUGCCGGCAUCUUGGUAUGGGUUGGUAUCGUUGAGAUGUGGGCGCACGACUGGAUGACGGGCGGCGAAGUGUCACAACUAGAUGCUCGGGGGAAGAUAUUAUGUUUGGCUGGGCUCGUAGCUGGGAUGGUGAGCAUGAGCGUGCUGGGUAAGUGGGCUUGA